AAAUAACAAUCAAAACUCACCGGAAAAAAAAAUCCAACCGGAGGAAAUGUUGAUGCUAACUGAUUGUUCAAGCUGCCGGACUCCGCUACAGCUGCCAUCGGGAGCUAGUUCGGUUAGGUGCACCGUCUGUCGAGCUGUUACGCCUGUGGCUCUAGCCCCAGCUCCAGCUCCAUCGCCGGACAAUGGAUUAUUGUCGUUUGGUCAAACACCGUCGGUCAGCGGGCGUAAGCGGGCUGUGAUCUGCGGAGUAUCGUACAAGGGAACCAAGUUCGAGCUGAAUGGUAGCAUCAAUGAUGCAAACUGUAUGAAGUACUUAUUGGUUAACACAUUCAAGUUCCCGGAAUCCUCUAUUCUCAUGCUCACCGAAGAGGAAACUGAUCCGAAACAGAUUCCAACGAAACAAAACAUUAGAACAGCCAUGCAAUGGCUAGUACAAGGUUGCCAGUCUGGAGAUUCCUUAGUGUUCUAUUAUUCGGGUCAUGGUUCGCAACAAAGAGACCCAACUGGUGAUGAAGUUGAUGGAUAUGAUGAGACAUUGUGCCCAAUGGAUUUUAAAACUAAAGGAAUGAUUAUUGAUGAUGAAAUAAAUGCAACAAUAGUGAAGCCAAUUCCUCAUGGUGUCAAACUUCAUGCCAUUAUUGAUGCUUGUCAUAGUGGCACCAUGCUUGAUUUAUCAUUUCUUUGUAGAAUGGACAGGAAUGGGAGGUAUAAAUGGGAGGACCAUAACCCGCCUAUGGGACAUUUUAAGGGAACAAACGGCGGGGAAGUCAUCUGCUUUAGUGGUUGUGAUGAUCAUCAAAGUUCGGCUGAUACAACUUGCCUAUCAAAAGUGACUUCAACCGGGGCGAUGACAUAUGCAUUUAUAGAAGCGAUUGAAAUGGGACAUGCGAAGACGUAUGGUGAUAUUUUGACUUCAAUGAGAACCACCAUACGCAAAAUCGAAAGUGGCGGUGCUCACUCGUCUCUCCUUGGUAUGCUUUUUACUAGAGGAAGGCAUGGUGGUGGUUGGAAACAGGAACCACAACUUACAGCCAGUGAACCAUUUGAUGUUUUUACCAAGCGAUUUUCCCUCUAGCAUAUUCUUGGUUUUGGGUUUUUUUGUCCGUACGGAAAUUCAAAUGUUGGUUUUAAGCUAGUAUAUCACAUGGCCUUAUGAUACAUCCGAUGUGUGAUUGAUAGUGAACUCUUUCUAAUUCAUAUUGUACUAAAAUGUUGACUCGCGCGCGUUGCGCUGCGAUCAACGAAAUUGACA